UUUCCAACAAGGUGUCUAACAGUGUUUUCUGUCGAGACGCUAGAGGAGACGAGAGAGGGAUGACCAAGGAAGAACAGGGACAAUAGAAAACAGGUUCCUCUAGAAAGCAUUUUGUAAAAGGAACGAAGGCGCGAACUCCGCACCCCUUCCACAAGUCUUUUUGUGUUGCACCAGUGCAACUGUAAAUAACCUAUAUUUUAUUCUUUCGAGUUUCGAUGUGUGCUGGCCAUUAUCUCGCAGUAGUCGGAGUCGCAGUUAGUUUGGAAACGUGCAUGCAUAAAACGCACUCUACUCAUUUGUGUUUUUUGAAAACAAAAACAGACUGAUUUUUUGUGAUAUCGUUUUAUCGAUGGUGUAAUUUGGGCGUUUUGUAUUCAUUUUGUUGUGGUCUUCAUAUUUUUUGAGUUUGUUACCGUCGUGAAGAAUCAAGUUCGUAAAAAUGGACCCUAAACCGACGGAAUUACGUUCACUGGCCGCGAAAUCUUCAUGUAUACAAUUGCUGUACGAUUGGGCCAGCUGUGAAACAUCAGCAGUCGAUAUUUGGAAAAAGGAAGAAGACUACGGUACAUGCCCAGAUCACGAAUGGAUCAUUUGGCAACUGAACGAAAUGCAGCUACCCGGCAGUCCAGUGAUCCCGAAUUUGGUUCUCGACCAAAUCGAAUACCAUAUGACGUCGAUUUUGCAACAGGUUACUGACUGGAUCUGUCACCAUCAUCGUAAAAAUUUCUUCCACGAUGAACCAGCAUCUCCGUUGAAAGAAUACCUGCUUAAAUUGAUUUGGAAACCGGAUCGAUCCAUCGACUACGCAGCUACUGCCAAAAACGUGUUGGCUGGCUCGAAUUUUAACCCUAUGGAGAAGUACAGAUUCGCUUGUACGUAUUGUUUUUCGGAGGAUGUGCAGAAUUUGAAAGAUAUGGCUGAGGUAACGAUAGAUUUGAGUUUCGAAGCAGAGCCUUUGCUGGUUUAUUGGAGUGAAUACUUGGCCAAUCAGUUGGAUACGAUAACUUUACCGGCGAACGAUUCAAUCGACGAGAUCAUGUUUACUAAAGCUCUAAAUGAAUAUGAUCUUUGGCAGCCCAUAAAGUACUUUUUCGAAAAAUCGAACUCCGGCGCUAGAUUAUUGCAGUGUAAGAACGUUUUGGUGCACAAAGAUGGAAAAUAUCAACAAGAACUACUGGCUGUACUGAAUGAAUGCGAAAAAAGUUCAGUGUACCAGGCUAAUCUGAAAGAAAUCAUUAAAAAUUACUUAAAGGUGAAAAAUGUCGAAGGUAUUCGACGUAUUUACGCCGAAUUGAAAGGCAAAUUGUGUUUCAAGGAUUUCGCUCUAAUUAUCGAAGAAUUGGUCCAGUUGUCGGGGAAUACUGGUCACCGUAUCAAUGAAUUGACGCGAUUACUAAUGGAAAUUUGGAACGAUGCCAGCGACCAGUAUAAACGCCGGGUAGUAUCAACUGGCUUGCGAACCAUUCUCGGCAACAUAUGGAGCUGGAGCUGGAGUCAUUCGGUCGAAGCAGACGUAGACGAUAUCGACAAUCCUUUGGCGUUUAUUCGUGCAUUGGCUGAAGUGUACGAACCGCGAAAUUUCCUCAAGGCGAAUUUUGGGUGGCUGGUACUCUGGCAAUCGUUUACUUCUAUGGUCAAACUACUCGACAAAUACCCGUUUCUAUUCAGUGCCGAAGAUCUUGAGGACUUGAAGAAGGAUACUCGACAAUCGGUCGAUAGAAUGAGAUUCGUUUGUUCGGCAAAUUUGAGGAGUGGCGAUUUUGAUGAAAUUAGCAGUUUUGUAUCGUUUUGUUACUCGGAUGAUAACGCGAGCAGAAUCGCGUAUCUGAAAAGCUUAUUGGUAGAUUGUAUGGACGAUCUUAGUUAUGGGUUGUGGCGCGUCGAUUGGAGAAUAGUUUACGAAUUCGUCAAGAACGUGUUUCGCGACACCGACGACGGAUUCGCGUCUUCCUACACUACCAAACUGAUGCAACACGUUUUAGAGAAAAAUAUGAUAUUUGUGAUGGAAAUGAUGUGUCAAGAAGGAGCAAACAGCGUCGACAUCUUAAAAUGUAUCGAAGCUUUCGUGCCACACCAAGACGAUUUAUCUCGUGCAAAGGAGACCUGCAUCGACUCACUUUUCGAUUAUCUUCAUAAUAGUUAUCAUCCCAUUUUUAAGGAGACUCGGGUCGAUGAAAUGCUGGUUUGGUGCUACGGAAGUGAGACAGGUGUUGCUCAAUUUAAAGAGGAAAUCGACGUUUCGAGAUGUUUCAUUAAGCAGUUCGAUAGCUGCGUCGAAGGAGACAGUUUCAAAGCGACUGAUUCUAUGGAGGAAUUUUUGCACUGGUGUUAUCCCCUCGAUGAUGAAAGGAAAGCUUUUAAAUUGAAAAUGAUUUACUCGUACGGUGAAGAUUACUCGUAUAGGAUUGGGAUAUCGCUAAAAAAGAGAAAGUAUCGUCGACGUAUGUUGAAUUGGUUUUUUGAAAACGACGCCUAUAAAAUAAAGGAGUUUAUCACUAAAAUAUACGUGUAGGUUUGUUGAAACGGUUGUUGAUGGAUGAAUUUUUGUAUUUGUUAAUAGUAAUGAUUGUAAUGUGUAGGUUUAUUUUCUAAAUCGAUUUUAAAUAUGUACAUAGGUAGAUAUAUUACAUAUUUAUUUUAACCAAUUCAAUUACCUAUCGUAAUAAAUUUUGGUGAGUUGUUUG